AAGACGAGGAUGAAAACACCGGAAGUCAUACUCACGACAACAUGGCCGAGAAAGCCGAGGACUGGCGGACUCAGCAAUUUCGACAAAAAGUUAUAAUUCAAAUUGAUGAAGCUGUCCGCCAUGCAGGAAGUCCAACCAGUAAGUCUCCAUAUGAAAUGGAGAACCAUGUGUUUCAGAAAGCAAAAACCAGGGAUGAAUACUUGGCCCUGGUUGCCAGAUUAAUCAUCCAUGUACGUGAAAUGAAUUCCAAGAAAGAGAAAGCUGCUCAGCAGGCUGCAGCGGGUGGGGCUAUGAUGACAGGGGGCAUGCACCCCAUGGGAGGAGGGGGACAAGCCCCCAUACAAGACCCUAUCAAUGCCCUACAGAAUUUGGCGAAGACUGGAGUGGGAACAUCCAUGGGACCUCAACAGAUGGCACAAGGUCCUAUGGCAAACCGUGGCCAGGUUCCUAUGAUGCAGCAAAUGAUGGUGCGAGGAAUGAGUCAGCAGCAGGACGUGGGGCGUUCCCCACAGAUGACUUCUCCUCCUGUGUUGUCACCACUGAGCAGGCCGUCGUCUCAGGUCCAGUCACCUUACUCUGUACAAAAUACUUAUGGACAGGUAUCUCAACAACAACAAUCUUCAAGUGUUCCUUCUCCUGCAGUGUCUAGCAUACAACCAGUGCACUCCCCAGCUAACCCAUUUGCCAGUCCAUCCCCAGGCCCAGGCAGUGCCAUGGCCCCUUCCCCAGCUUCUAGGGUGUCAUUUGGAGCUCCUUCCCCUGGAGGCAUCUCUGUUAACACUCCUGGUAACCCAGGCUCUGUGGGUCCUGCACCCAGCCCUGCCUUGCGCUCAGCAGAAGACCAGGCCUAUUUAGACAAGCUGAAACAGCUCAGCAAGUACAUUGAGCCACUUAGAAGAAUGAUUAACAAAAUAGACAAAGACGAAGACAGAAAGAAAGAUUUAAGUAAAAUGAAGAGCUUAUUGGAGAUUUUAUCAGAUUCAAACAGAAGGCUGCCUAUGCAGACAUUACUCAAAUGUGAGCAGGUCCUGGAAAAAUUAGAAUUACUUUCAAAACCAAGUUCCUCCUCUAGUACCUCAGUAUCCUCUAGCUCUCAGGGCCUCAAAUUGUCAGAACAGCACAUGUGCCAGCCCCUGCUGGACACGGUGGCACAGUUUGUGAAGUCUCCAACUCUCAACCAUACAUUGGAGAGAACAUUUGGUCCAGCCCUGGAUGCUCUCCACGGACCACCUAUCAGAGGGCCCAGUCCUCCACCCAAGAGGUUCAAACCAGAAGAAGAUAAAGAAGGUGAAGUUCCAAAUGUGAUUCAAGGUGAAAUUGCCAGGUUGGCCAGAAGAUUUAAAGUGGACUUUGAUCCUAUGACCAGGAAUGGAGAAAAAACAUUGCAUUUCAUUUGCAAGCUAGAUGACAAGAAUCUCCCCAGUGUUCCCCCUCUCAGUAUCACAGUUCCAGCAGGCUACCCAGAAACCAGCCCAGAGUGUGACACUGCGCUGGGAGACUAUGAGUCUACACCUUUUCUUCAAAAUGUUCAGAAAUCUUUGGAUAUAAGCUUGACAAAAAUGCCCAAUAGAUACUCCAUUACAGCUCUGCUUGAUACGUGGGAAAUGAGUGUAAGGCAGGCUUGUAACCCUGACCAUGCAACCCAGAAGUGAGUCGAACUUGAUGCCAUCUGGUGUGGUGAAAUUGUUUUAAACAAUACAGACCUCCAAGAAAUGAAUGAACAGAGUGCCUGUCUUUGCUACACCUGUGUACGGAACUAUUUAUUGACCAAGUCAAAUGCAUUCAAAGGAAACUAUGUAGUAGAAGAUUCCUUGAAAAGGUUACAAAAGUUUCUCACUUUAUAAGACACUGGAUUUAGUAAUUAUUUCAGUGUAGAAAUUGAUUCUUUGUUUUUACACAAUUUAAGAUGUGUAUUAUCAUCAAAUUGAAUCGUGCAAAGAGAAAUGUUUCAUUUUCCCUUGCCAUUAUUUCAGUAGAUACAGGCUCUUAGUUGCUACAUGGAGCAGUAUUAUGGACUAUAGAUAAAUAUAGUAAUAAGGACUUGUAAUAAUUUCAAAAUAUUUGUGAGAGCGCAAGCUGGAUAUUCCAUAUUUGAAUAAAGACCAAUAGAUAAGAAAAAACUGUUGUGCUUCACUGCAUGUAUUUCAAAUUUUCUGAUUGGAUUUGUGCUUUCUUUGUUUGUUCUCUCUUAUGUAACAAGGUGGAAAAUGUGUAACAAUCUAAGUGGUUCAGUUCAGCCCACCUGCCACCAAGGGUCUCCUCAGUCUUCUUUCGCGGUUUACGAAAUUGGAUGAAAGGCCCUUGAAAGAUUUUGGAUGAUCAAGCCAUCCGCUCUUGUGUAAAUAAUUGCCCUUAUGAAACUGGCACAGCAGUAGAGGUGAUGAUUGUGGUGU